CUUUCGAAGAAAACGAAGUGCUGUAUAGAUGUGUUACCAAAGCAGCAAGGGACUACUUCCAAUCGCCAAAGAUGCAUCAAUCACUGCACCUUUACUAUGAGGUACUCCUCCUUUACCUCUCACAGGUUGAUAUCGUUUAUUAGUUGACAUCCUGCCUCACCAUCCAGCAAUUUUAGGUUUACAGCUGCCCAUUACCUAGCGAUUAGGAUAGCGGGCGUUGGGCUUUCGGCAUUGAUUAGCUAUUAAUUAGUAUACAGGAUGUACACUGCCGUGGUACCUGAUCGGCCAAUGGCAAGCAAACGCAAGGCCUGCGUUGCGCCAUGGCCGCUGGCCCGCCGGUCGCAACCGCUGCAGCAGCCGCGUUCAGCACCGCGGCCCCUCUCGCUCCGCCUCCGCCUGGCAUGAAGCCCGCAAGCGCCCCUGAACCAGCACCACCUUCAAAACCAUCUUUCCGCGCUGCAUAUGCCGCAAAGGCACGAUUCAGCGAGUCCGAAAACACCAUCCCCCCGCCCCCCGGCUACGAUGCCUCCCUGCCACCUGGAGUGGAACUGCCGCCGAGCCGCUGGGCGGGGCUGGGCUGGGUCGUCCCGGUCACUUGCCUGCCCCUGAUGGCCGGCAUCUACUGGUGGCAGAAGGAAUCCGACAACGACUGGGGCCGGCAGGUUCAGCAGUCCGUGCACGACAUCAAGCAACAGUUCAAGCCGGCUGCUCGCUAGCCCGCCAGGACCGCGCCUGCCCGCUCCCCCGCCACCAACGCGCGCCCACUCGGCACAGCUGUGCUCGGCACAGCUGUGCUUUGGAGCUCCCGCUUGCUGCUGCUGCUGCUGAGGGGCCACGACCGCCCUGUCCGUCUUAGCCUCGGAGGGUGUGCGGUUUGGCUUUAUGUACUUUUGAAAGCGAUAAGUGUGAAAGGUCCGUUGCGAGUGAGUACUGACAGAGGAGUGGCCCGAGGUAUGUAAGUUUAGAGUGGUGAAUAUUAUGGAUGCUGAUGUUGAUCUGGUGUGUUCAGAAAUCUGGGGUGUGUGCCCUUGGCACUAGAGCGUUGCUGGUUAUUGCCCUUCUGGGUACUGCCGCAGCGCUUAACCGCUGCUGGAGAUACCUGCUUAGCCUUGACAGGAAGGGCAAAAGAAUCCUCGCACGUAAGAGUAUGAGUUGGCAUAGUGGGGUCACCGAUCGGCCGUAUGUGCGGCACGUGUGUUUGUAGUUGCGGAGCGUG